GUCAUCUCUGCGCUUUGGCUAUCGCCAAGCAAAAAUGUCUGCCUAAGGGAAACUCGCAAGUUACAUAGUGGAUAUUUGCAAAAUACAAUCGCGAAAGAGAACGAUUUCAUUGUCUUUCAAACGCGAAACAAGGAAACAUACGCCGUCACUGGCACACCAGAUCGCCCUAGUUGGAUUUAUUACGGCAGAGGUUUAGUAAAGGAUCGUAAGGAUGAACCCUCAGCAGCGGAUUGCCGCUAUCGGGACGGAUAAGGAGCUGAGUGAUUUGCUGGAUUUCAGCGCGAUGUUUUCUCCACCUGUAAACAAUGGGAAAACCAGGCCGACCACCCUAGGAAGCAGCCAGUUCAGUGCACCAGGUAUGGAUGAGAGGACAAGCCAGGCGUCUUGGGCCUCAGGUGGCCAGCCCAGCCCGUCCUAUGACUCCUCCAGGGGCUUUCCAGACAGCACUCAUUAUCCUGAUCACUUGAGUGACAGUCGAUUAGUGUCCCAUGAAGGAUUGUCUCCAACACCUUUCAUGAGCUCCAACAUAAUGGGAAAGUCUGCACGAGAUCCCUUCUCUGGUUACGGGAGAGAGCCAGGAGUCUCCGGAUGCCAGUCCACUAUGCGGUCGAACAUGGGGCUGGCGAGCCCAGUGCCAGUCACCACCUCUGGGAAGUCACCGACUCAAUUCUACCCCUUCACUAGCUCCAAUCCACGAAAACGUUCCCAUCAGGACUCAGCUUCACAGGAUCCUCUGCAGACAAACAAAGUGCGUAAGGUCCCGCCUGGCCUGCCUACAUCUGUGUACGCACCAUCUCCCAACUCAGACGACUUCAACAGAGACUCUCCAUCCUACCCGUCCCCCAAACCCCCCAGCAGUAUGUUCACAAGCCCUUUCUUCGAUGGGAACCACAGUUCUUCUGACCCGUGGAACUCAUCCAAUGGGAUCAGCCAGCCAGGUUAUGGGGGAAUGCUGGGAGGAUCUUCAUCUCACAUGCCACAGUCUGGAAACUACACCAACCUGCACUCACACGACCGCAUGUCACAAAACUACCCGCCACACUCGGUGUCGCCCACAGACAUCAACGCCAGCCUGCCACCCAUGUCCAGCUUCCACCGCAAUAGUGCCAGCACCUCGCCCUUUGUCACCGCAUCUCACACCCCGCCUGUCAACACCGCAGAGGGAGUCAUGGCUGCUGCCAACCGAGGGAACGCCACUGGAAGCUCUCAGACUGGAGACGCACUGGGAAAAGCCCUGGCUUCGAUUUAUUCUCCUGAACACACCAGCAGUAGUUUUCCCUCGAACCCUUCCACUCCAGUGGCCUCUCCCUCUCCUCUGACGGCCCAGGCGGGCGCUGCCUCAGCAGGUACAGUGGUGAUGGCCAGCGGCCGCACAGGAAGGGCAGGUACAACUCAGUGGCCCCGUGCGACCGGACAGGCACCUUCCUCCCCGAACUACGAAAACUCCCUCCACUCUCUGAAAACUCGUGUGCACCAGCAGCUUCAUGAGCAUCUGCAGGAUGCCAUGUCCUUCUUGAAGGAUGUCUGCGAGUCUCGAAUGGAGGACAGGUUGGACAGGCUGGAUGAUGCGAUCAUUGUCCUCCGGAACCACGCCGUGGGUUCCACUGCCAACCUGUCGAGCGACAUCCACAGCCUGUUGGGACAAGCACACAACGGGCCGGUCACCAAUUUCUCCGCUUCCGGAUUGGUCGCCGGCCGAACAGCACAGAUGGGCUCUGUUCACCGCGAAGAGACCGUCAGCCUGAACAACAACCAUGGUGGCUUGCAGGCUAACGCUGGCCCCACCUCCAGUGCGGAGCUUAACCACCAUGUGGAAACAUUCAGAGCACUUGCUGGCAGUCUGGCUAGUCAGAUCGCUCCUCUGGAGCUCAAAGUGGAAAAUCACGACAAAGACGAUAUGCAUGACAACUCUUCUGACGGCCUAAAAUCAGACGACGAGAGCGACAAAAGAGAUCUUAAGGGGACUAGGGCAGGAACUCGUCCUAGGCAAGGCCCUACAUCACCAAAUAGUAUUAACGAUGACGAGGACCUGAAUCCCGAGCAGAAGGCGGAGCGCGAGCGCGAGAGGAGGAUGGCCAACAACGCUCGCGAGAGGCUGCGGGUCCGAGACAUCAACGAGGCAUUUAAAGAGCUGGGUCGCAUGUGUCAGCUGCACCUGAAGAGCGAGAAGCCUCAGACCAAACUGCUCAUCCUUCAUCAGGCCGUCGCCGUCAUUCUCAACCUCGAACAGCAAGUCAGAGAGAGGAAUCUAAACCCCAAAGCAGCCUGCCUUAAAAGAAGGGAGGAGGAGAAGGUGUCAGGGGUUUCAGGUGACCCCCAGCAAGCCCACCCGCCUGUGCACCCAGGCCACACAGACGCAUCCAACCCCAUGGGCCAUCUUUGAACACUGGCCAGAUGAAAUGGAUCCUGAUGGCAUGUGUUAGACAGAGUUGGUGACCUUGCUUUCCACGGGCGGACAGGACUCACAGUUUGUGACACAGAUUUGAAAAGACAGACCACUUGAAGCAAAAUUCCACCGUUAAGCAAUCCUGAGAUUGAAGAAAACUGGCAAGUGCCCAGCUCCCUGUGAAGACAUCCCGUUUCGAUAAGCAACUUUCUGCCCACCAGAGAAAAUCAAGCAUAGAAGCCCCUCAGCAGCACAUAUCGCCGUCCGCAAGCCGUGUGCCGCAGCUGUACAAUCAGAGACUGUCAGUCGCCACCCCCUCCACUCUAUACGUGGAAGUUGCCUUGUGCCUAAACUGAAUUGACGAAUGCAUUGUAACAGCUAUUGUUUUUUUUUCUGUUUGUUUAUUAUUUUUUCCUAUUUAUUAUGUUACUGAGCUGUAAGUCUGUGUUUAAAGGGAAAGUUCUGACAUUGCUAUGAAAAGCUGGUGGCGUUUCAGUAGAUCUGCAGUUUGUCGCAUGCCGUCCGCACACCUCUCCCGCAUCGGUCUGUGGAAGGGCCUCUCCGCGAAGGGCCUCUCCGCUCAACAUCCACUUUACGAGAUUAAUAUAUUUUUAUCGCACUCGGAUCAAAUUCCAUGCCCUCGAAAGAAUUUGAUGGUGUUCGAAGACUCGAGGAUCCCAUUGUCUAGAAAAAUUUAAGAAAUAAUAUAUUAUUUAUAUUUAUCGUACAUUCAUUCCGCAAAAAAAAAACAGCAUGAGAAACCAAAACUACCUAAUUCUUUAUUUUGUACGUCGAUAGCGUACUUCAGAGUCCUCAUCUAAGUCAGAGGUUAAAGAGAGGUAAGGAGUGAGGCCAGAUGACAUCAGACUACGUGUUUUCGGUUGGAUUCCUUGGAUUUGAUGGUGGAACGGCAAACUCUGGCUUUACUGAAAGGUCAAAGAUCAAACACAAACUGACAUGUUUAUACUCAUUAGGAAGCAGUACAGAUACAGAAAGCAGAAAGUUACAAGACCCCAGCAUUCCCUGCAUAUUUCUUAGUGUCUUAAAUGGAAAAUGGGACACAGUCUCGUCCUUUUGAUUCCUUUGCCAUAUAGUGUUAAGGUAAAAACAUAUUUCCGAUGCGAUGCAGUUUAUUUGUAUUCAGAUGUUACAUUAUUGGGUUGAACAGCCAUGGUAAUGCCGAGGGCGUCUGUACCGAGGAACCUCUGAUAUACCGUUGGCCUGCAUCAAAAGAGUUAGACAUGGCACUGCGUGAGAGGAGUUGCAUUUAAAACGAAGACCAUUACUUCACCUGGCCUGAAUUGAAAUGUUGCUUUAUGUUUGAUUGUUUGUUUUUUACAUUCUAAAACUAUUAACAAUUAUAAAUGAAAAGGAAAAAAAUACUCAAAGUAACCACAUGUUAUAUGUUUAUUUGUACUUGUAUACAAAGCAUUUCUCUAGGCUUCAUAGUAAAGCGUAUAUUUGUCGUGUGAAAAUAGAAGGAUGUUCUAAGUUACUUAGAAUGGCUUUGUCUUUCUCCCCAAUGCAUUGAAGUACUUGAUACUUGAUCAGCAGAAUGUGAGCGCAAUGUCUGUUAGAAAAAGAGAAGCUCUAUAAAUUCAAAUGCUGUGAAGCAUCAAAAUCAACAAACAGUGGAAAUGAUGAACAAAACCAGUUUUGAUCAGGAUUUUCUCUGCUGUUAAUGCUUUUUUUUUUGUUUCUUUUCAGAGAGCAGCAGACACCACUUUAAUUUUGUAUGCUUUUUACUUUAAGACCAAAAAAUUGUUUUUUAACACUCUUGCUUUGGAUCUUUUUUCCCGGUCUGUUGUCUUCCAUGCGUUCGCUCCAUUAGAGCAGAGACGGCCACAUUUUAAUAUUCAUCGGUCCCUGAAUUACAAAGUCAAAAGAUCAAAAGCAUAAAGAAACAUUUAUCAGAAUAUCAGCAUUAAUUUCCAUCUGUGUUUUUUCUCUGUUUUGUUUUGUGGCAUUACCUUCCUUAACAAAAUUAUUGUAAAAUCCACUAUAGUCUUUGUGGCCUUGUUAUACAUUUCAGUAUUCAAGAGCAUGUAUUUUUGCCGGCUGCAAAUGAAUCAAGGUUAUGAGUCAUCUCUUUGUCUAUUGUUUCGUUUCCUUGUUUUUUUUCCCUUUUAUUCUGUGUUCUGUUUUUCUCUAUGUUCGAUUUUGCUGUAUGCCCUGAUGCUUUCCCUCAUAACAAAAAAUCUAUGAAAAGGAUAAAAAAAACAUGUGGCUUAUUUUUCACUAUAGUUAGUCUUUUAUACAAUAAUAUUGUAAGAACAUUUCUUGAAUUCUAAAUAUUACUCUUUCUAGAUUUUUGAAAUCAAAAGUUUUGAGUAAAAAGUUUCUUACUUUAUUUUACUAUAUUAGAUAGUAAAAAAAUGUACGGUUAUUUACCAUAACCUGUCCAUUAUUAUAAAAAAGAUUAUUGAUAGCCUCUUAAGAACAUAAGUAGGAUUGUAGCUUGCAGUCUAGUACAUAUGGGGUAUUGUACGAGCUCGAUGUUCCAGAAGAUGUGCUCUCCAUUUCUGUCUUCAGUCUGCAUUGUUGGUUGAUGAAAGAUUUGUACCCAUGUCAAAAUUCAAGGUAUUGUCCAUGCACAUCAGAAAACCAGCAGUAAGAAGUUCAGUUCUUUCUUUUUUUCUGUCUCUGUAACAGAAAACACAAUAUGUAUAUAACAUUUAUGUAGCAAUAAAUGUGCCAUCUUUUUUAACUGAAUUGUAUGUGAGUUUAUUUCCCUUCACAAGUGGUUGUUUUUAUCCUUGGCUAAGAGCAUCAAAAAAUCUUUUUCAUUUGUUUCACUCAAAGCUUGGCACAAAUUUGCAGUGCUUACGUUUAACAUCUGUUUAAAAUGAGUUUUAACAACUCCAUGUACACUGCAGUACAUAGAAAAAUCUUUAAAAAAAACAAUUGAAAAAUUACAGUUUACAGUAGUUUUAAAAUGCUCUUUGCAUUUUUUAUUUGUUCAAAGAAAGUAUUAUUUUGCCUUUUUGAAUGCUCUAUUUGGCUUGUGUUUUAGCAAAUAUGUUUGCCUUCGUGAAACA